AUGUCAAGAGAAAAGGUAGAGCUCAAAGCAGCCACAAUCGACUUCUCCAAUGCUAUAGGAAAAGGUGGGUUUGGUGAUUUUUAUAGAGGAGAGCUACCUGAUAAGCGAAUUGUUGCAGUCAAGUGCCUGAAACAUGUCACUGAAGGGGAUGCCAAGUUUUGGGUAGAGGUUGCAAUCAUUGCCAGGAUGCACCAUCUCAUUUUGGUCAGGCUAUGGGGCUUUUGUGCGGAGAAAGGCCAAAAGAUUCUAGUUUAUGAGUAUGCGCCUAAUGGAUCUCUUGACAGAUACCUGUUCCUUGCGGGUCCGGUAGCAUCUUCAGGGACCGAAGCUCAGAUGGGUCGGCUGGCUAGAUGGAAUAGGAAAAAAUCCCAUUUUCCUUUAGUAGCAUUUAUUUUUCUUGGUAUUAUCAUUUGUUCAAUUAUUUACAAUGAAAGUAGCAUUCAGCAAAUCCAUGAAGAAAACCCAAAUAAUCAAGUCCCGAACCAUCAACAACAUACCACGACAGUGACUUACAUUCAGCCAAAUCUUGCACCAGUGUUUUUGGAUAGGUUUAAUAGAUGCAACUCAACUAGAGAGUAUACUGGUAAGAGAAUCAAAUGGGGUGACUGGAAAGAGGAAAAGGGUCGAAAGAGAGAGAGUUUGGAGAGUUGUGACGUUUUUUCAGGCAAAUGGGUGUUCGAUAAUGAGUCAUAUCCGCUUUACAAUGAGUCUGAUUGUCCUUACAUGUCUGAUCAACUGGCGUGCCAUAAGCAUGGAAGGUCUGAUUUGAGGUAUCAGUAUUGGAGGUGGCAACCUCAUGAUUGCAACUUGAAGAGAUGGAAUGUGUCUGAAAUGUGGGAGAAGUUGAGAGGGAAGAGACUAAUGUUUGUGGGGGAUUCGCUAAAUAGAGGGCAAUGGAUAUCAAUGGUGUGUUUGCUACAGUCAGUGAUUCCAGCAGAUAAGAGAUCCAUGUCACCAAAUGCCCCUCUUACUGUCUUCAGGGCCGAGGAAUACAAUGCAACUAUUGAAUUUCUCUGGGCUCCUCUUCUUGUUGAUUCUAAUUCUGAUGACCCAGUGAAUCACAGAUUGGAUGAACGGAUAAUGCGUCCUGAUUCAGUUCUAAAGCAUUCAUCAAAGUGGGAGCAUGCAGAUAUACUAGUUUUCAAUUCUUACCUGUGGUGGAGACAAGGCCCUGUUAAGCUUUUAUGGAGUGCUGAAGAGAACGGAGCUUGUGAAGAAUUAGAUGGGUUAGGAGCUAUGGAGUUGGCUAUGGGGGCCUGGGCUGACUGGGUGACUUCUAAAGUUGAUUCCCAGAAGAAACGAGUCUUCUUUGUUACCAUGUCUCCAACGCAUCUCUGGAGCCGCGAAUGGGAGCCUGGAAGUGAUGGAAAUUGCUAUAAUGAGAAGAUCCCACUUGAUAAGGAGGGGUACUGGGGUAGUGGUUCUGACUUGCCUACAAUGCGCAUGGUGGAAAAGGUUCUUGGCAGGUUGGGAUCGAAGGUUUCAGUUCUCAAUAUUACACAGCUUUCAGAGUAUCGUAAAGAUGGCCACCCUUCAAUCUAUCGAAAAUUCUGGGAGACAUUGAGCCCUGAACAAUUAUCAAACCCUAAGUCUUACUCUGAUUGCAUACAUUGGUGCUUGCCUGGUGUACCUGAUGUCUGGAAUGAAUUACUAUUCCAUUUUUUGUAA